UGGCCGCCAGACGCAGCAGCAGAUCAACACAAGACAGCAGCUUGCGCAGCAGCUCAACCAGCCUGACCCAGGCAGGCUGAACGAUGAAGGUGCAGCCAAGGACCAGCAGCAGGCCCUCCUCGCAGACCUGCACGCCAUAGCAGAGGGCGCCCUCGUGGACCCAGGGACGAUCAGCAGGGUAGCAGAGGAGGUAACGAGCAUGGCCAAGCUACUCACAAAGGCGGUGAAGAAGGCGUACAUCCACUGGGUGCAUGACGCCACGGCUGGCAGUGCGAAGAUGGCCCACGCCUACACCAAAGCAGCGGAGCGCAGCCAUCUGGAGGACAUCCUAGAGCACGAGGGCCAGGUCAUCAACCACCCGCAGCAGCUGGUGGACUUGCGCAAAGAAGCAUGGCAACGCAGGUGGACACGAGAUGCGCAGAAGGCCGAGAGGAUCCAAGAGGCGCUGGUCAAGCUGAGGCAGGCUGCCCUGGCCCAAGAGAAUGCCCUCGAGCCCAUCAGCAAGGACAUCAUAGGCUCCAUCAUCCAGCACCUGAAGAGCAAUGCAGGCCAAGGAGCGGACUGGUGGAGGGCUCCAGAGCUCAAGGCCAUGGGAGCCCAGGGGCUGGAAGAUUUCGUGCAAUGCCUGACCAGCUGUGAGCAACGGGCAGCCUGGCCGUGGCAAUUCUACCUGGUGCUGGAGCUGCUGCUGGGUAAGAAGCCAGGAAUCGGGGGAGAGCGCCCCAUCGGCCUCAUGCCCAUGCCGUACCGCAUCUGGAGCGCAGCCAGGAGGCCCAUAGUAGCCACCUGGAGCAAGGCAGCGGCGGGCUUCUGGGAUACGGCAGUAGCUGGCUCCUCAGCGCUACGAGUGGCAAUGCACAGACUUAUGAGGGCAGAAGCCGCCACGGAGAUGGGCUUUCAUGCAGCAGGAGUGUUCUACGACGCGGCAAACUUCUACGACAACAUAGGCCUCGACCAGCUGAUCGAGAAGGCCAGUGCCCUCCAGUACCCGUUGCUGCCGCUGGCAAUGGCCGUGCAGAUGUACCUUGCGCCCAGGGCCAUCAUGGCCCACAGCCUCUUCUCGGACAUCUUUGAGCCUGCCAACAGCAUGGUAGCAGGCUGUGGCCAAGCGGUAGACCUCACCAGACCGCUCUUGUAUGGAAUCCUGGAUGCAGCGCACAGGCACCAUAUCUUCGUCGUCAUGCAGCAGUACCUGGACGACUUGGCCCUGCAGGUAGAGGGCGCGCGGCGGCAGGUCAUUGACCAGAUCAAGCACGUGGCGGCGCUGGUGCACGAUGGUUUCAAGCAGCUCGCGACCCCCAUCUCAGUCAAGACGGCAGUGGUGGCCUCGGACAAGGACCUCCAGGCAGAAGUCGCCAGCAUCCUGGACAGCCCGGGCACCCCCAACAAGCAACCAGGGGUAGUGCGCGACCUCGGCGUGGACACCAGCCUUGGGAAGCAACUGCGGCGACCCACCCAUGCCGCGCGCCAGGCCAAGGCCAAGCAGAGGGUGGCCAAGCUCAGGGACCUGGCGAAGACGGACGCCAGAGGCGCGGCAAAGGUCUAUGCAGCAGGUGCCUACUGCCAGCAGGCUUGGGACUUACCAGCGCACGGCAUCACGCCCACGGAGGCGAAGUUGGUCAGGGCAACGGAGGCAGCGCUCCUCACAGGCGGACACAAGGCUGGACGCUGCACGUCCACCAUCCUCCUGAUCCAGAGGGGUAUGCAAGAGGCAGUAACCCGAGCCAUCGGCGACCAGAUCAAGCAGUUCUGGCUCACCGUAGUCGACCACCCGACGGAGCUCAAGAGGUACCAGAGGGGCUGGCUCCUGCUCUACGCCAAGCUGGGAGGCGACCUCUAUCAGCUGCAGCGCCACCUGAGCAGAAGGAGGCGUAAAGGACAGCAUGCAGAGGCAGCAAUGCUGGAGACCAUAGCGGUGGCAGGCAUCUGGACCAGGGAGCGUCGCAGGGCGGCCAACCUCAACCAAGAAGGCGAUGACACCUGCGCGAGAUGCGGCGAGGCGAUAGAGACAGAGGAACACCGCUACUACGCCUGCCCUGCCAACGCAGAAAUAGGGCACAGCAAUGACACCGACCUGGCGAAGAAGGCGAAGGACGCGCUGGACCAGCGGCAGGACCUGCAUUUCUGGCUCCGAGGCAUCCCGCCAGCGGCCUGGGCAGCCAAGGUCGACCCAGACGAGGACGCGGCGAAGGCGGCGCAGAUCUUCUGCACCAGUGAAGAGGCACAAGCUGCAGCCCAGUCAGGGCACAAGGAAGUGGCUGCCUGGUACGGCACAAUCAGGGCACCGCACACGGUGCCACGGGCAGAGCUCGCCGCCAUGAGCAAAGCCAUCGGGUACACCACGGCGGCGACAGUCAGGGGGCUAAACAUAGUCAGCGAUUGCAAAUACGCCCUGGACGCACUCAAGCAGAUCCAGGACCCUGAGGAUCUGGACUACAGGAGCACGAACUACGACCUCUGGCUCCAGACGAAGCAGCAGCUACAGAACAGCACGGACACCAUCAUGGGCCACCACAUCCCGAGCCACCUUAUUGAGCACCCAACAGAGCUGGAGAGGUGGAAUGGUCCCACCUGGUGGGUCAUAGGUAACGAGAUGGCAGAUAAGUGCGCAGGCUGGGGGGCGGAGCACGGAGCACUGGAUCCAGCUAUCAUCGUGCAGCAGCAGAUCAGAGACCAGAUCACCGUGGCGGUGCAGAACAGGCUGCUGGCCAUCAACAUGGCGGUGAUGGUGGAGGACCCCAACAAGGCCCCUCAGCGUCCCAAGGCCAAGCGGCGAAAGCCGCAGACGGCGAGGGACAGGGCAGCCCAGCAGGGACACGACCUGCGGAAACUACAUCCGCGAUGGUGGUGUGCAACGUGCCGCAGUGGCCCAGCCAAAGGACAAAGCAUCAGAGACUGGUUGGCAGAGACGGGAAAAUGCCUCGGGAAGUACGGCGGCCACCAGGACCAGCACGGCAACGUCAGGCUCGACUUCAAGGCGGUGCAGAUCGGCACGCAGGUGGUGCACGGCUCCCACAAGACGCAGUGCACCCAUGGCUGGCUCUGGUGCGAGAAAUGUGGCGGCACCAGCUACCUUGGGGACCACAAGAGCAGGAUCGUGGCAGGAGUGGCAAGGAAGCUGGCAAGGCCAUGUCAGCCCCCAACAGCAGCAGGGCGGCGAGUCUUGGAGGACAUGCAGAGGGGCAAGCUGCCUAGAGGAGCUAAGCCAGCAGCAGACCCAGCUGAUGAGGGUCUCGACGAGAUCACCAUGCCAGGUGCUUCAAGCUCGGUGAGCAACCACGAGGUGAUCGAUCUGGACGGGGACAGCUCAGAGGCAGGGGACCCGCAGCCAGCUCCGCAGCAGCCACCCAGCCAUCCGUACUCUGUCGUCCACGCCAGCUUGAGGCUCGUCGACCACAUGGAGGGCUACGCAGAGCUGUGGAUGAACAUGGUCGACCAAGAGGUCUGGGACGACAUGGGCGACUGGAUGGAGCACUGCGUACCGUACCUCUUGGCCAUCACCAAUGUGGGUGGCAGAACGGGCACGCAAGAGCAGACCAGGGCCGUCACCGUGCAGGAGAUCCAGCAGAUAAAGGACUUCUGCGAAGAAGUCUGGCGCAACACGCACCGCACGCGACGGAGGCUCAUGACCAGGGUGCUUACCCUCCCGCAUGGCACGUGGCAGCAGGCAGCUAGAGUGCACAUGGACGCCUUCCACAACAGAAGGAACAACAUCAUAACGCACAGCAUCCCCAGCAGUGAGCGCAGGCCGCUGCCGAGAACAGCGGAGGCCAGCCGAGAGUGGUCACCGGAGAACCUGGACGAUGAUGACUCGACCCCAGACAGUGAAGCCCCAGAGCUGGAGGGUGAGCCGAGCAGCCAGGAGAUGGAGACCAUGGCGGGACCUGAUCAGAGGCACGACGCCAACAGCCUGAUGCAGGCGGCAGUGCAGGUGGCAGUAACGCUGACCAAGCCAGUGGGGCCCGACCUGAUGAAGUUCGUGAGCGAAGCUGACGAGGCCGGCUUGCUCCACCCAAGGCUUCGACACAACAAAGGAGAAGCCGACCAGGACCCCGAGCAGGAGGUGGCGUGGCUCGAGAGGAACAGGCUCGAGCAGCUCAUGCAGUCGCUGGCAGGCUGUUGGAGCCAGAAAGAGGGCGAGCUGGGCUGGCCAUCGUGGCAGGCCGCGUGCGUGCCCCAUGUGAUGAGGGCGCUGCAGACUGGCGUCUAUCAGAGGCUUUUCAGCCACGUGUCAGGGACGAGCCGCCAGCGCAGCCAGCGCCGAGCGGCGGAGGAGAUCUGCCGCCUGGCAUGGCUCAACAGCGGAGAGGAGCGCAGACAGAUCCAGCAGCAGGACCCGAAGGAGGCAGAGCGGCGCAGAGCAACGGCUGAGCAGAUCCUGG